CGGAGAAAUAUAACAGGAGAUAAGGUAGAGAGAAUUUAAUAAAAAGCAGUACAGCGCCCCAUAAAUUACUACACUAUGACGAAAAGCAAACUUUAUGCUUUUUUGGUCAUAAUUUAAACCCUUCAGUACAGAAAGGCCGGAAAACAAAGAAAUUAUGACUGUCUUUUGAAGAAUAUUGGAUUUAUGGUUAUUUUCUGUUUUGUAGAUCUAUUCUGUAAAAAAAUCAAGUCUUGUUAACAAGCACUAUAAGUAAUAACCUUACUGUUUUGUUAACUGGCUGUGCAGUAAAACGAAGCCCCAUCAGCCAAUUGUUACGAUGAUAAACAAUACAAUCACCAUAAAUAAUAGACUGACAAGAGUGUCAAUUGUCUAAAGGAUAAAUGUAUUCUUAAAUAGUUUGCAGUUAUAUUUGGGGUAUGGGUUUUAGGUGCUGGGGCUUUGUUAGAAAUUAAUUAAUCUAAGUCUAGCUAAACUUUGCGUUUCGGUACUGAAAAUGACUCUCUAAGGAAAUUCCAAUGCUGCUGUUUCAACCCAUAUUGUCCAGUCGACCCAUGUUGCCCGAAAAAUGGCAACAACCCAUAUUGUCCGAGUCCAACCCAUAUUGUCAAGAUAAAGUAAAUACAUUUUUAUCGCUUGAUUAAUUUUCAGAAAAUAUAUAAUCACUUUUUUUCUAUUGAUGAAUAAAUUAUUACUUACUUACUUACUUGUGUUAGUGCGGACUGUUGGACCCUGAAUAAGGCCAUUUAAUGAAGUUUAGAAAGUGAAACACAUCUCAUCCUCAUCUAAACCUUUUCAGGCAACAUUGGCAGGCAUAUAGCCUUUACCCAUAUUGUCCUAAACCUUCUAGCUGAACAUGGGCAGGCACAAAUCCAAUAAAAAAACACAAAACAGUACAAAUUUUUAAAAGAAAAGUCAGGUAUAUAUAUAUUUUUAAUUGUUGAAUUCAAAAUUGGUUUCAAAUAAAGAUUAAAAUGCAGUCCAAUGAAAUUAACCAAUACUAAACGUUGUAAAAAGAUUGCCUUUGUUUAGCAAUUUCUACUUGGCAUUUAAGCUCAAUGUCAAAAAAUUAAAUUGUGUUAUAUAUCUUUUCUUUGCUGGACAAAACAUAAUAUGUACUUAAAAAACAUCUCUAUAAUAGCCAUCAAACAAUCAAAUUGAUUCAGACAGGAUUCGAACCUGCAUUUCCCUGUUAACAGGGCAUCCUACCAAUUGGAUGACUGAAUCAAGCAAGAAUGUGUGGACCAACUACAGUUAUUUUGAGCCAAUAAAAAAGAUGAAGAUGAAGGGAACAUGUGUUUAAAAAAUUCUGACAAAAGCCUAAACGAUUUGACAGUUACAGCCCAUCGAUGACAGCUGUAGCUGUUGAAAUGUAACCUAGACUAAACUCGCUUUUUCAUUACAUGAUAACAUCUAUAUUAUCCAAUAACUAAUAGUUAUUCAAUAACUAAUAGUUAGCUAAUAAUAUAUAUACAUAGGUAUAUUUAUAUGAUUGUAUAUAUACAUUUCAAAGACGAAAAAACUUUACAUCAACUGCAGUGCUAGUAGUGAGAACACAUAAAAAAUCCACACCAGCCCCCAGGGUAUAAGUCUUCAACACAAGUUAGCUACCUAUUCCUUACCUACACCUGGCCUGGAACUGAUUUUUGUGUUCUCUCUGAUCAUUUUCAGUUAUUAAAUUCUGUAUACUGUUGUGUUUCGUGAGUAUCGUCUGUCCCGGUAGCUGGUCUACCAGUUUAUGUGUAUGUCGUCUGCCGUAAUAUUAGAGUUGUAUACAUGAUGGACGGGAAAUAAAUAAUGGCGUCCGAAAUAGUGUGAUACGUGUCUCGUUCAGAUACAACAUUUGGCGCUGCGAGUUGGUCUUAUCCUACGUCAAAAGAAAUUACUUACGUUUUAAUUUACUGCUGGACACAAACAGUAGACGUUAUUUACUACAAGAAUGGCUCAAUCUGUUGACAUUUCUUGUCCCAAACCGUUUAACGUCCAAGGGGACAGUACAAGCCUUGGAAUCAGAUGGAAAAAAUGGCAGAACUCUUUCAACAUCUACGUUAUAGCUGCUGGCAUUACUGAUGACGUCCGGAAAAGGGCUCUAAUCCUCCAUUGUGCAGGGGAUGAUGUACAAGAAGUUUUUGAAACAUUACCAAAUGUGGGAACUACAUAUGCUGAUGCUGCUGCGGCAUUAAAAAUAUUUUUCGAACCAAAACAAAACAAACACUUUGAACGACAUGUGUUCCGGUGCUGUAAACAAAACGAUGGUGAGAAUAUUGAUGCAUAUGUUACCCGCUUACGCAUAUUAGCCAAAACAUGUGUCUUUCAUAACACCGACGAAGAGCUAGUUGACCAGAUUAUUGAAAAGUGCCACUCAAACAAACUACGCAAACGAAUUCUCAGGGAGCCAGAUCUCACGCUAGAAAAGUUGCUUUCUCUUGCUAGAAUCAGUGAAGUUACAUCCCACCAAGCAAAGCAGUAUGAAAGCAGUGCUCAAGCUGCCACACCUCUUACUUUAGAUAGCAAAUACAGUGACAGUGACGGAGAGGAAACCCAGAACAACAACUACAUCAGCCGAACUACUCGAACGUUCAACAAGCCACUGAAAUCAGGCAUCAACCGUAAAAAUCAGCAAUGCUACCGGUGCGGCAGCUCUACUCAUCUAGCCAACAAAUGCGAGAUAACACAAGGAAAGAAGUGUAAUAAGUGCGGGAAAAUUGGACAUUUCAGUAAAGUUUGUUUGACCCAGUCAAAACAGGUGCGUUAUGUCAAGCCGGACACAAGCUCAUCCGACAAUGAUGAUUUUGUCUUCCACCUGUCGACACUAGAGAAAGACACAAAUCCAACCAUCACAACGAUAAACAUCAACGAUGCUGAAUGUGAAGUAAUGAUUGAUAGCGGCAGUUCUGUUAACAUCCUGGACAGCAGGAUUAUCAAACAAAUGCACAUCAUCCCGGAUAUCCACCCAUACUCAAAAAGGGUACUUGCUUAUAAUGGACAACCAAUACCAAUCACUGGCUACAUAUGGACAACAGUCAAAGCUAAUACCAUAACCAAACAGGUGAAGUGGCUCAUCAUGGAAAAUCCACGCACCAACAUCAUGGGGUACCAAACUGCUAUGGCACUCCAACUGCUUCACUUUGGACCACUCACAAACCAUGUCAACAACAUCCUGUCUGCAGAGGAACAACUACAUACCCUCCUCAACAAAUACUCUGACCGCUUCAAAGGACUUGGGCAACUCAAAGAUGUCAAGAUCAAAAUUCAAGUAGACAAUACUGUUGUACCAGUUGCCCAGAAACCACGACGGUUACCGAUAAUGCUACAGAAAGAAGUCGAUCAGGAGAUAAGCAAGCUGCUGAAAUUAAAGGUGCUAGAGAAAGUAGAUACACCACCUACUUGGGUAAAUCCUCUCAUUGUUGUCCCCAAAAAAAAAGGAAUACGACUAUGCAUCGACAUGCGAGUUGCAAACUCUGCAAUCAUCCGUGAACCUUACCAAAUACCCACGUUGGAAGAAGUUCUUCACGAAUUUAAUGGUUGUACCAUAUUCACCACCCUGGAUUUAAAUCAAGGAUAUCACCAAAUAACUUUGGAUGACGAAUCACGAGAUCUCACCGCAUUCGCAUCCAGCAAAGGGAUUUUGAGGUACACCAGGUUGAUAUAUGGCAUCUCUCCAGCUGCAGAAAUAUACCAACGAGAAAUUGAACAUGUACUACAGGGAUUGAAACGCGUCCGCAAUAUCUCCGAUGAUAUAAUCAUUGGAGCAGAGUCAGAAAAGGAGCUGCUAAAACGGACCGAAGCCGCACUAAAACGACUUAGAAGACAUAACAUCACUGUCAACAAAGACAAAUGCAAAUUUAACCAGAAAGAGCUAACAUACAUGGGACACACACUGUCGGAUAAAGGAUUAUCGCCAGACAACCGCAAGAUCGAAGCGGUGAACACACUGAAACCCCCUUCCAACAUCAAGGAACUGCGUUCAUUCCUGGGCAUGAUCAACUACUGUGCAAAGUUCCUACCAAACUUAGCAGACCUGACAGCACCACUACGUGUUCUCACCAAGAAAAACGUAUCUUGGGAAUGGACCAAUGAACAUCAAGAAAGAUUUAUAAAGCUAAAAUCCAUGCUGACAUCAGCAGAAAGUCUAGCCUACUACAACCCAGGGUCGGAAACAGAGAUCACCGUUGAUGCAUCACCCAUCGGUCUAGGCGCAGUUAUCUCACAGAAACAACCUUGUGGAACCUAUCGACCUAUCAGCUAUGCAAGCAGAUCGCUGUCUGCUGCCGAACAAAGAUACAGUCAGAUUGAACGUGAAGCUCUAGCCAUAUUAUUUGCCAUUGAACGAUUCAAGAUCUAUCUGUACGGCAUCACGUUUAUCGUCAACACCGAUCACAAACCGUUGGUGGCACUGUUCGGGAAGAAAUCUAACCCACCACCAAGGAUAGAACGCUGGGUAAUGAAACUGCUUCCGUAUGAUUUCAUUGUUCAAUUUCGACCCGGAGUCAACAACCCAGCAGAUUACCUCUCUCGAUCGAACCCCGUACAAACACUCAGAGAAGACAGCAAAAUGGCAGACCGAUACAUACACAUGGUUUGCAACACCAGUCUGCCAGUAGCGCUGUCCCUUACUACCAUACAAGAAGCAACUCACCGUGACCCAGUCCUCGUGAAGCUGAAGGAGUGCCUACGCAAAGGGCACUUUCCUGACAAAGGAGCAGUCACCACUUUCAAGCGUCAACGACUGCAUUUGUCCGUCUCGAAAGAAAUUGUCAUGUGUGACAACAAAAUUGUCGUGCCAGAGGAAUUGAAGCACCGCGUGAUCGACCUUGCACAUGAGGGACACCAGGGAAUAGUGCGCACUAAGCAACGUCUGCGCACAAAGGUCUGGUGGCCGGCAAUGAACGCAGACGUUGAAAAUUUCAUACGUCAUUGUCACACUUGCCAAGUGGUUGGUCCUGCACAGACUCCAUCACCAAUGGAAAUAACUCCGAUCCCCCGGGGAGCAUGGCUAAUGUUAGGCUGCGACCUGUGUGGCCCGUUUCCGACAGGAGAAAAUCUUCUCGUGUGUAUCGACUACUUCAGUAGAUUUCCGGAAGUAGAGAUUCUGCAUAAAAUCACAUCGACCGCCAUCGUCACAAAACUACGAAAACUUUUCAGCCGAUACGGGGCACCCGAAGAACUGGUGAGCGACAAUGGACCUCAAUUUGUCAGCAACACAUUUAAAAAACUAAUGAACGAAUUCAACAUCCACCACAGAAGAGUAACACCAUACCACCCACAGGCCAAUGGCGAAGUAGAGCGUUUUAAUCGCAACCUGAAAAAGGUCGUUCAGACGGCGAUAGCAGAAGCUAAAGACUGGCGUGUUGUAAUGCAAAACUUUUUGCUUAAUUAUCGCAACACGCCACACGCCACCACAGGAGUCACGCCAGCCGAACUGUUGUUCAAUAGGACACUCAGGGACAAACUUCCCAGUCCCAGUGAAUGCGAUGGAAAAACAAGUCGACCAGAUAUUCGUCGUCUAGAUACUACAAAAAAGACGCAAGCCAAGAUCUUAAUGGACAAAUCCAGACGUGCCAAACCGCACCAAAUCAAGGUUGGCACACCAGCUUUGGCCACCAACAGCUGGAAACACAAAAAUAAGUACACCAGUCGCUGGGACCCAAGACCUUUCGUCGUCACUGGGGUAAAAGGGAGUGCUAUAUUCUUAAAGCGAGAUGGCAAGGAUACACUAAGAAACUCUGGACAGGUUAAGACGUAUCACACACCACGAUUCACCAUACAAAAUCGUGCAAACCAAAUGACGAGCUCUGAGGAUAGUGACAGCGACUUCGAACUAGAGCUACCAUCAAUCGACAAUGAUAUACACAACGAAAAUAUUAUAGAUAACAGUUACGACGCUGAUACUGACAGCGAUGCAACGGUAGCAUACGACGAAUCCGAUACAGAAAAGUACAACGACAGAGGAAGCAACGAUAAGCCCGAUGACGAGGCGAAGACUGACAACGAAAUGAAAAAACGAACUCGAAACAAACCACGAAGACUUGAUGAUUUCGUGAUGGACUAAUAACGGUAACGGAACGCUGAAAGUCUAUUAAUGUUCACGGACGUUUAUUUAUGUUGACGAAACUUUAUUUAUGUUGAAAAGGGAUGUUGUGUUUCGUGAGUAUCGUCUGUCCCGGUAGCUGGUCUACCAGUUUAUGUGUAUGUCGUCUGCCGUAAUAUUAGAGUUGUAUACAUGAUGGACGGGAAAUAAAUAAUGGCGUCCGAAA